UUGAACGCCAUGAGGAAAGGAGAGUUGGUUCUUGCUGCUCUGAAAACGCAGUUGAAGAUAAUUUGUCUUUUUUGAACUUGCUAAUAUUAUGCAAGAACUACUAAUUUUUCUAAUCCAAGGGCAGAAGAGUUAGCCUGUUACAUCAGUGUAAACUUAACAAUUGUUCAAGCCUGUGAAACUCAAGCCAUCGAUGGCACGUGAUGUUGGGACUUAGGACGAAAUACAUAAUCUGGAUGACUGAGUUGGCGGUUUGAACUACAUCGAAGUCAAGUCACCCGCACGGCAGUUCCAAACCUUCGAUUUAAAGGCAGACUGUCAGCAAUCGUUGAACUGGUGAGCUGUAUCAAAGCCAGAUAAUGCUUGAAAUGAAACUGUUAUACAGAGAAAAGAUGUAAAUUUUAUGAAGAAAACCUGAACUGAGACGUUAUAACUCUUCGAUUGUCAGUUAAGACAAUGUUUUUAAUUAUUUUUUUCGUCGAUGCUUUCAUUGUUGAAGGGCGAGUGGCCCAGGCCAGAAGGCCUAUAUAUUCGAGUUCGUGCACUGAACAAAUUGUAGAAGUUGAUUGUAGAAGUUGAUUGUAGGAGUUAAAACUCGACACAGUUCUGGUGUCCGUUUCAACUCGUUUAUUGACCGGUGUAGAGAGCUUACAAUAUUCGAAUUGAGAGUUGACUGACAGUAUAGGAUGGUAUGAGAAAUAUUAAAUACUAAAGUGAUAUCUAAACAGUCCUAUAGGUACAAGAAUUAUAUGCCAAGUGGUGAAGGAUAGAUAGGCUAAUUCAGGGCCUAAUCCCAUCAUUGUUGGAGUGAGGUAUAUGUAUGGUUAGUGAGACAAUAUAUUCACUUAAUGCUAAUUGUGCUAAAUAAACACUGAUGAUUGUUCUUUAUGCUAAAUGGCAUGUGUUAAAUCUCUAUCAUUUGAGUCUCCAUGUGACAUUUCUGGGGGCUUGUCCGGGAGUCGAACCCGGGACCUCUCGCAAAUUUUCAUUUUGAUAACUUUAACCUAUGUAAAGUCAGAGAGCGUAUAUAAUAGGCGUAACAUGGAUUUGAGUAAGUUGAUUGAAGUAGGGGAAAAGUUUGGAUUGAGUGGGAACGAAUUAAAGUCAUUUGUGACGGCGGAACAGAAAAGAGCAAGAGAUGAGAGAGCAGAGCAGCUCGAAUUGAAAAGGAGAGAAAAGGAAGUGGCAGAGAUACAGCUAGAGAUUGAACGCGAAAAGCGCAAUGCCCGCGAAAGUAAUGGUUCUGAAAUGAACCUUUCACAGGUUGUAGCUAACAAAGCGAAAGCGCCGAAACUGCCUACUUUCUAUGAAGAGAGAGAUGACAUUGAUUCUUACCUCCAAAGAUUUGAAAGAUAUGCCAAAAGUCAAAAUUGGCCUGAAACUGACUGGGCCAUAUAUCUGAGUACUUUGCUUACAGGUAGUGCGUUAGAGGUAUUUACUCAGUUGUCUUAUGAUGAUGGAAAUAACUUCAAAAUAUUGAAGAAUGCCCUUUUGAAAAGAUUUCACUUAACUGAAGAUGGAUUUAGAUCAAAAUUUGCUACAGGAAAACCGCACACAGGAGAGACGGGACAUCAAUAUGCUACCCGAAUGGAAAACUACCUUGAUAGGUGGAUCGAACUUGCAGGUAUCAAAUUGACAUUUCAGGAUCUCAAGGACCUAAUUCUUAGAUGUCAAUACAUCGAAGGCCGUCAUCGAGAUCUUGUAAUUUUCCUGAAGGAACGCCAACCAACAACCAUGCAACAGACGGUAACCCUGGUAGAUCACUACCUUGAUGCAAGAGGUGGGUAUUUUAAAACACAGGUUCCUCCAAGACAGCCAAUGCAGCCUGGUACAUCAAAGAGAAACGAAGGUAAGCCUCUUUCAUCCCAAGCUAAAUCUUUCCAAGAAAAUAACAAACAAAAAACUUGCUUUAAUUGUCGCCAAAUAGGUCAUCUUGCAAGAAAUUGUCCAGCUAGUGCCCCCAAGCAACCCCUUUGUUACCUUUGUCGUAAAACAGGCCACUACGCUAAGGACUGCCGUUUUACCUCUACAAAAGCAGCAGGGCUGAUGACAGCAGAAGAGACAACCAUACCAGGGGCUAAUCACCAAGAAUGGACACCUCAUGACUCAGAGGUGUUCGAGCCGCAGAUGACCCAGACCUAUCCUGGUCGCCUAAAUUCCAUGGAAUAUGUGCCGUGGAGACAAGAGCUCAACGAAGGGACCGAGAGAAGCCAUACCGGGCAUUAAAGACUCCCAAGCCAUUUGAGAAUAUUGUCACCCCACAGUUGCUGAAGACCGCCCAGCAAGAGGAUCCCACACUGAACCGUGCUAGAGAAUUGGCAAACAGUCAAGUUGAAAAGGUAACUCGCCAUAAUGGCACUUCAUCUUUCUAUUUCCACAAUGACAUACUGCAUCGUAAAUUUCAUUCACCCAAAGUAGAAGAAGGUCACAUUUUCACUCAAAUCGUCGUCCCUAAACCAUAUCGUCGACAGGUCAUGCAAAUCGCCCACGAGGCUCUGCUUGGAGGACAUCAAGGUGCAAAGAAAACACUUCAAAAGAUACUUACCAAUUUUUUCUGGCCUGGUAUUACAACGGACAUAACUCGAUUUUGCAGGUCAUGCGAUGUAUGUCAAAGAACCAUUUCUAAAGGUAGAGUUCUGAAAGGUACUACAACCGAAACGCCAAGCAUCGAGAGUUUCAGGUAGGUGACCAAGUCCUUCUCCUACUCCCUACCGACAGAAAUAAACUUCUAUUACAAUGGAAGGGCCCAUUUCUGGUAGUUGAUAAAGUAAGUGACACAGAUUAUCGCAUUGAUCUCAGUGGGAAAUCAAAGAUUUUUCACAUCAACCUGUUAAAGAAAUACUAUCCCCGAGAAGAGGUAAGUGCCCUCAGUAACGAAGACACAGUCAAUACCUGUGCUGCUGUGAUUGAGGAUGAAAACCUAUCUUCUGAUACCACCUCAGAAAAUCAGGAAUACAUGUCUAACACUUCUCUCCUUCAACCUUAUCCUAUAGGAGCUACAUAAUCUGCAGAAGAUGUUAAGAUUAACGAAAAUCUCCUUCCUUCCCAAACUAAUCAAGUGAAAGCUCUUUUGACAGAAUUCCAAGACAUACUCACUGAUAUCCCUGGUUGUACUUCACUUGGCCAGCACACCAUUGAGUUAAAGCAACGAGAGUUGCCGAAAGGUAAACCGUACCCAAUCCCACAUGCCCUCAGAGACACAGUAAAGAAGGAGGUAAAAACAAUGUUGUCACUCAAUGUCAUUGAACCCUCAAACAGUCCAUAUGCAUCACCCAUUGUGAUCGUUAAAAAGCCGGAUGGUACAAAUAGGUUUUGUGUUGAUUUUCGUAAGCUGAAUAAAGUAACAAAGUUUGAUGCGGAACCAGUUCCUGACCAGGAAGAGCUCUUUACAAGAAUCGCAAAAGGCAAGUACUUUACCAAAGUUGAUCUUAGUAAAGGUUAUUGGCAAAUUCCUAUGGAGUCAGAGUCUAAAUCACUUACUGCUUUCAUAACACCAGACGGUCUCUUCCAGUUCAGGGUAAUGCCCUUUGGAUUGGUUAAUGCCCCUGCCUCAUUUAGUCGCAUCAUGAGAAAAUUCCUUGAUGGUUUAGAAGGUGCGCUAAACUAUAUAGAUGACAUCCUCGUCUAUUCAACGUCUUGGCAACAACAUCUGAAAACUCUCACUGAGCUGUUGACGAGGAUUAGAGCCGCCAAGUUGACUGCCAGGCCAAGUAAGUGUUAUUUUGGUCAUGAAAGUGUGGAGUUUCUUGGACAUGUGAUUGGACAUGGACAAGUUGCACCCGACCUGAGAAAGUAACAGCCAUACAAGAGGUGAAACAGCCAAAGACUAAGAAACAACUUAGAUCCUUUCUUGGUAUGAUGAAUUACUAUCGGAAAUUCAUUCCUAAUUAUGCUGCUAUUGCUGUUCCCCUUACAGAUAAGACCAAGAAGCUGGAACCAAAUAUCAUCAAAUGGGAGACAAGUCAAGAGAAUGCCUUUCACGCACUUAAGUCCAAAUUGGCCAACCCUCCCAUAUUACAUCUUCCAGAUUUGAGUAAGAAUUUUAUUCUCAGAACAGAUGCCUCAGAUUCUGGAUUGGGUGCAGUUCUUCUACAGACAGAGGAAAAUGAGAAGUUCCCAGUAGCUUAUGCAAGUCGUAAGUUGCUCCCAAGAGAGAGAGCAUAUUCUGUUAUAGAACGGGAAUGUAUAGGAAUCGUAUGGGCCAUUAAAAAGUUUGAAACCUACCUGUAUGGCAAAGAAUUCGUACUUGAAACAGAUCACCACCCUCUUGCUUAUAUGCAAAGCGCAAAAGUGGCGAAUGGCAGAAUCAUGCGCUGGGCACUUGCGCUACAACCAUACCGUUUUCGCAUUGAAGCAAUCAAAGGCGUCGAAAACGUUGGAGCUGAUUUUUUGAGCCGCACAGAGUAAAGGAAAAGAAAGGAAAAGUGAAAAGGUGAGAAAAAUUAGCAAAUAAAAUUAAUUGCUGUGAACGAGGUUAAUACAGUAUAUAUAUAUUUAUUUUUUUUACAACCAGAAAACAAAUUGAGUUAGAAAUUUACUUUCAAGAGAUAUGCAUUUUCUUGGAAGGGGAGUGAAAUGUCACGUUGAAAAUGCAAUAUCUUUGAUUUAAAUGACUAAAAUCUAUUAAUUACUCUUACAAAAAAGUGUAAGUUGAAUCAAAGUCAGUGAGAGAGAGGGAGAGAGAGGGAGAGAGAAAGUUAUCUAUUGAGUGUGUCAUUGAUGGUGAGGAGUUAUUCAGCUGUGCAAGACAUAACUGUCUUGGCCUAGCAUUGUGUCUUUUGAAUAGGAGGCAUAGCAAUGCACCUAAUUGGGUGUUAUACAUUGUAUGUGGAUUGCUAGUGUACAGAGAGUGGACACACCUCAACUUGAACGCCAUGAGGAAAGGAGAGUUGGUUCUUGCUGCUCUGAAAACGCAGUUGAAGAUAAUUUGUCUUUUUUGAACUUGCUCAUAUUAUGCAAGAACUACUAAUUUUUCUAAUCCAAGGGCAGAAGAGUUAGCCUGUUACAUCAGUGUAAACUUAACAAUUUUUCAAGCCUGUGAAACUCAAGCCAUCGAUGGCACGUGAUGUUGGGACUUAGGACGAAAUACAUAAUCUGGAUGACUGAGUUGGCGGUUUGAACUACAUCGAAGUCAAGUCACCCGCACGGCAGUUCCAAACCUUCGAUUUAAAGGCAGACUGUCAGCAAUCGUUGAACUGGUGAGCUGUAUCAAAGCCAGAUAAUGCUUGAAAUGAAACUGUUAUACAGAGAAAAGAUGUAAAUUUUAUGAAGAAAACCUGAACUGAGACGUUAUAACUCUUCGAUUGUCAGUUAAGACAAUGUUUUUAAUUAUUUUUUUCGUCGAUGCUUUCAUUGUUGAAGGGCGAGUGGCCCAGGCCAGAAGGCCUAUAUAUUCGAGUUCGUGCACUGAACAAAUUGUAGAAGUUGAUUGUAGAAGUUGAUUGUAGGAGUUAAAACUCGACACAGUUCUGGUGUCCGUUUCAACUCGUUUAUUGACCGGUGUAGAGAGCUUACAAUAUUCGAAUUGAGAGUUGACUGACAGUAUAGGAUGGUAUGAGAAAUAUUAAAUACUAAAGUGAUAUCUAAACAGUCCUAUAGGUACAAGAAUUAUAUGCCAAGUGGUGAAGGAUAGAUAGGCUAAUUCAGGGCCUAAUCCCAUCAUUGUUGGAGUGAGGUAUAUGUAUGGUUAGUGAGACAAUAUAUUCACUUAAUGCUAAUUGUGCUAAAUAAACACUGAUGAUUGUUCUUUAUGAUAAAUGGCAUGUGUUGAAUCUCUAUCAUUUGAG